UAUAAUCACUGGCAGGUUGGCAGCUGAUAUCACUUCCUGCUGAGUACUUGGCAAGUCCAGACAAUAAACCAUGUUCAUGACGACUGAAGACAUCCGAAAUCGACUGGGAUGCCCUGCAAGUCAUCUUGUAAACUAUAACCUGCCUCCCUUCCUCCCUUUGUAAACAUUUCUAAUUGGUAAUUGGUAAUGCCGAACUUCUGCCCUUGCAGCAUGCCGCAUUAGCGCUCUAAGUCAGCAUGUCGUCAUUGCCUCGAGGCUUGCGGUCAAGGGCUUUUAAUCGACCAGCGCUGGAAUCAGUUCAUCCUCGAAUGGAUCGCGAUACGAAUGGCACGAUCCAAUCGUACAUUGACGUACCAGAUUGGCUUGUGCGACAAUUAUGGGACCGAGUUGUCUGGGACGUAGGUAUCUGCGUCCCCCGUACAGUUUCGUUCUCGUCGGAUGGGACUCGCAUCGUGUCUGAUUCGUCAGACAAGACUGUCUGGCUGUGGGAUGCAGCAAUGGGGCAGCCAUUCGGUGAGCCCUUGCGGGAGCACACUGAUUGGGUUAGCUCAGCCUCGUUCUCGCCGGAUCAUACCACGCAUCCCACGGUGACACAGCAUCAUCAUCUCAACCACCGCUUGAAAUCUAUUCAUUUCUCAUCUAGCAGACGCUAUGUACCACCCUCCUGGCCUCAUUGAAGGCGCCUCCUACCAUAAUUGUGGCUCUCAUUUUUACUGGGAGGAUGCAUUUUACCCACUUCUCUCUUAUGCUCAGCCCAU